UCUUAAACCCCCUUAAAACUCAAACCCUUCUUCCCUAUUUCAUGAUCCUUCAUCCAACAUAUCUUCCUUCAUAAUGGAUGUUGUUUCCAUGGAGGUCGAGAUCACUUCUUCGCUUUCACCUUCUAAACUUUUCAAUGUCUUUUCUGACUUCGACACCAUCGCACCUAAGGUAAUCCCUCAAGUAUACAAAUCCAUCGCCCUUAUCCAAGGUGAUGGUGGUGUUGGAAGCAUCAAGAGCGUUACAUUCCACGAUGGUGCAACUUGGAAACUUAAGAUCGAUUCCAUUGACACAAGCGAGUAUUUGUUCAGCUAUACUUUGUUUGAAAGCGAUGAUUUGAGUGGCAUAAUGGACACAGCAACGCAUCAUAUUAAGUUUAUUCCUUCUACUAAUGGAGGAUCUGUUUACAAACAUACGACUUUGGUUAAGUGUAAAGGCGAUGCUAAGCUAACCGAUGAUUUUAUUAACCUUUGCAAAGAAGCAUUGAAGAAUAGUUUCAAUGCACUAGAGUCUUAUGCUAUUGAUCAUCCAAAUGCUUACUAGUUCUUUCGUAUGAAUAAUGGAUAUGUACCCGGCUAUCUCAUCAUUGUAAUCGU